AUUUACGCAUGUCGGAUGCGCAUUUACGCAUGUCCGCGUCAGUCGGGACGAAGCGGUGUCGAGCACAGAAGGAAGCCGGUCGACACUUUCAAAUGGAAUCUAGAAACUUCGUGUCUGAUCUGCACGAGUACGCGCGGAGGAGCGGCGCUGAAGCUGUUUAUGAAGACCUUGGCUCCGGGGGACCUGACCAUGACAAGACGUCAACUUUGCUGUAUGACGAUGAUGAAGAUCUGCCGAUUCCUCCACAGAUUCACGCAGAGGGUAGUCCUUAACGGUAAAGUCUAUCCCGAAGCUGUCGGGAAGACCAAGAAGAAAGCCAAGCAAAAUGCGGCUGAAAACGCCCUGAACAGCUUGCUGUCGAACAAACCUGUCUGUGAAGAGACAAGAAGCCAGAGUGUGAACUCCAAAGACAACAGCUUUGCGAGCUUUACAGAUGUCAGGGCGCGUGUCAACAACUACUGUCAGAAAAAUAACGUCUCCCAUUAUUACAUCUCAGUGAAAAGAUGCGGUCAACCACAUAUCCCACAAUUUUUCUACAAAUUGGUGAUCGACGACAAGGAAUACCCAGUGGGUGAGGGUAAGACUGUCAAGGAAGCCAAACAGAAUGCAGCUCAGCUGGCAUGGCCUGCUCUUCAAGGGCAGUCAAAUCAUCCCCCACCUAUGUUGUCAUCACCGUCAACUUCACUGGACUCCAGUGAAUCGUCACAACAAAGUGUGCCGAUGAGUAGAAGUGAUUCCAUAGUAUUCACUGAUUCAUCAAACCCUCUCAAGUCUCAGGCUUCCUUAAGUUCGGCUGUGUCUGAAAAUGAUGCACCAGCCAGUUUGUCACCACCAUCAACACAAGAGUCUGUUGAGCCAUCGUCACUAAGCAUGGCAAGUACAAGUGACUGGGGAGUAUUCACAGAUUCAUCCAACCCAAAGAAGGAUCAGGUUGCUGUCAAAAACAAGAGUAUGGGAAAUAGUGUGAGUAAUACAUCAACCCAAUCAAGAUUUACAUCAGAGUUUGAUUCAAUAUCGUGUCUUGGGUACGGAGGCUUUGGUCAUGUGUACAAAGCUAGAGAAAAACUGUUGGACAAGUAUUAUGCCGUCAAGGUUGUCCAUGAUAGAGAAAAAGCUCUGCGAGAGGUGUUGGCAUUAUCAGACCUUCAUCACCACAACAUUGUAAGAUACUACAAUUGUUGGAGGGAGGAGACAGAAUAUGAGCACGACAGUCGCAGCACUUCUCAGUGGUCUGUCAGUAAAUCGUCACAGUACCUCUACAUUAAGAUGGAAUUAUGUGACACCAAAACUCUUAAAGGCUGGAUAAAUGAGAGGAAUGAGACAACUCCGCAAGAAUCAAAGAGAAGAGUGGAAAGUGUAACCAUCGCUCAACAAAUAGUCAACGGAGUUGAAUACAUUCACGCCAAAAAACUCAUCCACAGGGACCUUAAGCCUGCCAACGUCAUGUUUGGACGAGACGGAGAAGUGAAGAUUGGAGACUUUGGUCUGGUGACUGCAGAGGCUGAUGACGAAAACAAGAUGGAGAGAACUAUCGAAACGGGAACCUUAUCCUACAUGGCCCCAGAACAAAAGAGUGAGAAGACCUAUGACGGAAAGGUGGACAUAUUUGCUUUUGGGCUGAUAUACUUUGAACUCCUUUUGAAAGUCUCUUCUGGCCAUGAAAGAGCAGAGUUUUUUAGGGAUGCCAGAAGUCAGAAGUUCCCCAAGGAGUUUACUUUUCCUCAAGAGAAGCUAAUAAUCAAGCCAACACUGUGUGAGAGGCCAGAACACCGACCUGAAGCAAAAACACUGAAGGAAGAGCUGGAAAAGUGGGCUCAGGCGCUCAAGGAACCCAAAAAUAAGCAUCAGCAAAAUGUAACAGUCUGACAGUCACAAGCGCUUGUUACAAGUUGUCAGAGGUUAUGGAUAUAAGUUUCAUCUAAUGUCUGAGAGUCAAAGAAAAAACAUGUUAUACUGUUACAAAAUGUAUUUUUAUUUUUAGGAAAAUGGUCAAUUAUUGAACUUUUAUAGCAAUUUAACUUGAGAUCUGUACAUGAUCUGCCUCAUGUUAAACUAGUACAUGCACACACAUUCUCACAUACCUGUUUGGGGCUCUGUGUUUUGCUCAAGGACACUUAAACAUAAAAAUCAAUUGUAUCCUGAUUUUAAGAAGGGACCUUACAUUAAUCCACAUCUUCGCUCUAAAUCGCUGAUAGACAACCCGCAUCUUGUUGGCUGGAGUCUCUUUUUUUUUUAGAUGCACCAUAGUUGUUCUGUGUGAUAACAAAACCUACCAUGUCUGCUUGGUUAAGCACAAAACGUUAUGUCCAACCGGAUAGAAUAUUAUAUCAUGCUAUCAUCAUCAUCAUGCUACAUGCAAUCUAAUGUUAUAACCAAUCAUCAGUCUAAAAUAUGUUUGUCAUUAUAUUUCAUUUAUUUCUUGACAACCAUCUGGCGACCACCAGAGAUUUUCUUGUGACACUGUUUAGGGUCGGGACCCCCAGGUUGAGAACCAAUGUGGUAAAUAAUCAUGCUGGGUAAUUUCACUGUUGGGAAAUGUAUUGUGUUGUGUGAAACAUAAAAAUGAUGUGCCUUUGCUUUGUAUUGAAUAUCGUAAGGAGAAGAAAUAAACCAUUAUGCUUAAACUUUA